GUUACACAUAUUUUGCGAUGCUAGCGAAAAAGUUUAUUCGGCCGCAGUUUAUUUCGUUAGCAUGAAUAAUAACACAAAGACGGCUAGAUUAGUUACGGGAAAGGCGAAAGUAGCGCCGUUGAAACCAAUUUCGAUACCGCGAUUAGAGUUGCAAGCCGCGGUUCUUGGUUCCCGCUUAGCAGAAUCAGUAAAACGGGAAUCUGACUACAAAAUUACAAAGUCGUAUUACUGGUCGGAUUCAAAAACGGUAUUAGCUUGGAUUAGGUCCGAUCCGCGUACUUUCAAGUCGUUUGUCGCGCACCGGCUAGCCGAGAUCGAAAGUACAACGACCCCGGCCGACUGGCGAUGGGUGCCGAGCGCCGACAACGUCGCGGACGACGCUACCAAGGGCAUUCCGGUGAAUUUUAGUUCGACACACAGAUGGUUUACAGGACCUAGCUUUAUUUUAGACGACCCCGCGACAUGGCCGUGCGAAAAGCGGACCGCGGCUCCCUUACCCCCUUCAGGGGAGGAGAGAAUAAUUAAGCAGGUUCACGUCUGUGUAGACCAUGUAAAUAACGAUUACUUGCCUAAAGUUGAAAGGUUUUCGAAGUAUAAGCGCCUGGUACGCGCUGCUGCCACCGUCUUGCUCUCGGCUGAGGCAUUUAAAGCCAAAUUGCUCAAGAGAAAAGUAAAUACGGAAAUCUCUCCUGAUCACAUCAGACUAGCAGAAUUGCUGCUUAUCAAGAGGAGUCAGAACAUCUCGUUCGCGGACGAUAUAAAGACGAUAGAGGCUGGGCAACGACCUCCGAAGAGGUCCCCCUUUCACAAACUUGCUGUGAAACUCGACCGCAGCGGGAUAUUAUACCUCGAUAGCAGAGUUAAGGAAGAAUAUAAUCUGCCUGUCCUACAUGCAAAGGAAGAAUUUACCCGACUGUUAGUGCAUCACACGCACGCAGUAUUUAACCACGGCAAUCACCAAACCGUGAUGAACGAGCUCCGACAGCGCUACCACAUAAUUGGACUACGCAGCAUCCUUCGCUAUAUCUCGUCUGAUUCUCGUAAGCAGCCAGGAAUAAAACGUUUCGGUGCUUGCGCACGAGGGGGAGACUGUAAAUAAUAGCUUAGUUUUAUUCCUUCUUUUUAACAAUCUAUAUUUCAA